UAUACGGACUGUUUCCCAAAGACUUGAGUUUUUUUACGACGGCAAAUGGGGGACUGUCUGUGAUAAUGGCUUUGAUGAUGUCGACGCUUUAGUGGCUUGUAGACAAUUGGGAUACAGACAUGGCACUUCUGUAGGUAAUACGGUUUCAAGUGGCACGGGAAAGAUAUGGAAAACCAAUAUGAGAUGCACUGGAGUUGAAAGUAAAUUGGAUGACUGCAAAGAAGGAGGAACAGCUGGUUAUUGUUCUCAUUCUGACGAUGUUGGAAUUUAUUGUUUUAAUGAGACUAUAAAUCCUGGUGAUUUGCGCUUAAUUUCUGGAAGACUUGAAAUAUUUUACAACGAAACAUGGGGCACAGUUUGCGACGACAACUUUGACGAUGUUGAUGCUCAAGUGGCUUGUAGAGAACUUGGAUACAACAAUGGUAUCUUCAUUGGAAGAACGAACGAAUCUGUAACAGGAAAGAUAUGGCUAGACGACGUGGAUUGCUGUGGAGACGAAAACAAAUUUGAACAUUGCACUCAUGCAAAAUGGGGCGUUGAAAACUGUUUUAAAGGCGAAAAUGUAAAAAUUGAAUGCAAUAAUGCGAUUGAAGGAGACGUGCGAAAUUCUUCAGGAAAACUAGAGAUAUUGUACAACAGCGAAUGGGGAACAGUUUGUAGAGACAAUUUUGGCGAAAUCGAGGCUACAGUGGCUUGCAAGCAGCUUGGUUACAGAAAAGGGGAUAUUCUUGAAACAUCAGGAAAAACUGAUACUUUACGGAUAUGGUUGGACAAUUUGAGAUGCAAUGGAGGGGAAACUAAAUUAAUCAAUUGUUCACAUGACGAAUGGGGAAAACAUACUUGCAGUCAUUGCAAUGUUGCUGGAUUUAGUUGCUCUGAAACACAAGGUGAUGUACGUAUAAAUUCAAGCAGAUUAGAGAUGUAUCACAACGGAACAUGGGGAACAGUUUGCGAUUACGACUUUGACGACAAAGAAGCCACUGUUGCUUGCAGACAACUUGGAUACAACACUGGAAUAUACUUGGUCCCCAAGGUAGAUGUUGAAACUUAUGGAAUAUGGUUUAAUAUGACUUGCACUGGAAAUGAACUCAGAUUGACCGAUUGUGCAAAGGAUGAAUUGUACAUUGCACACUGUGGUCACAGUGAAAACGUGGGAAUCGAAUGUUCAAAUUCCAAUGAUGGUGAUAUACGUAUCAUCUCAAACAGAUUAGAGAUAUUUCACGACAACGAAUGGGGAGCAGUCUGUGGUGAUUACUUUGACAAAACUGAUGCUACAGUUGCCUGUCGACAGCUUGGAGACAGGUCUGGAUAUAUAACGUUCACAUAUUUUCAUACUACUGGGAAAACAUGGUUAACCGAAAUAAACUGCAAAGGAGAAGAAAAAAAGUUGGCUACGUGUAUACAUGCGGAAUGGGGGAAAAACAAUUGCAGUCAGGCAGUAGCAAUAACUUGCACGAGUGAAAGCAACGAAGGCAAUGAAGGAGCAAUUAUAAUAGUGGCUGUUGGUACAUGUGCGGUUAUAAUUGAGAUAGUUGUAAGCUUUGUUAUAAUUCGUAAAAAAAACAGGGAGUUAGACACACUAGAAAAAGCUAGACUGAAUACAACUGCACUGGCUACAGGAAGAUGUACAGACGCACCGUCGCAAGAGGUUGAGGCCGUUGAUCCCCCUAAAAGAAACCCAGAGAUCAGUAUAUGAGAGCAAUAGAAUAAAAUCAUUACAUACACAAAAUUUGAUGGGGUCAAGUCGGUUAAUUAUUUGGAGUUGAAUUGAUUUAACAUCGUUUAAGUUAAUACAUUUUUUUAUAUAUUUAUAUAGAUUCAAAUGAAACUUUUUUUUUCUGUACGUUUCUUCACCGGAAAAAUUAUCAAAAUAUAUACGGCCAAUUUCACCUAAUUCUGUCUCACUUCAGAGCAAUUUUCAAAAAAUCUUCCAUUCUUUACUUAAAUUUACACCAUAACUACUUUAUUUGUGUGAUUUGAAUUUUAAACAACAUUAUGACGAUGUUGAAAUGUCUAAUUAUGUUUUUGAGCAUUAACGUAAAAAUUUAUACGAAUGAUAUUCUUAAUCAAAAUCAAAAUUUUAUCGGAAAUAAAUUGUCAGAUCAUUAUUGUGUAUUAAUUCAACACUUUGAUAUUUAAUUUCAGUACGCUUUUGCAACUAUCGGAUUGAAUACUGCCAGUAUAAGAAAGUUAAGGGAAAUUGGCCCUACCUUCUAAAAUAACUUUUUGACGUCAAUAACCAUAAAGGUUGCACAGUAGUAUUUACGUUGCACUAUCAUUAUCACAAUGGCAUAUGAAAUACAACCAUGCAACCCUUAAAGUGGCUAGCUGAACCUGUUUAAGAACAGACAGCCUUUGAAAUAUGAAUAACUUUGAUAAUAUGUAAGUCAGUUGUAUAUACAACAUGUAAUUACAAUUUUAUUGAGCGAAUCAUUUCCAUUGAAUUCCAAUCUAGCUGGUUAAAUUUAUUUUAUCAAUUUCUUGUAUAGUAUGCAAAACAAUAAAGCAUGUGAGCAAUUCAUAGAUUUAAAUUUGGAGCACCGACAAUCUUAAGAUAUUAGAACAAAAAUAAAAAGUACAAAACUUAUAAAGUUAUAUUAGUCAAAUAAAUGGCCAAUGAUAGACAAUUUACUCUUUUACAAGUCAAAUGUAUGUUCCUUUACUUCUACCAAAUUAUAGCUGUUUCACAAACCGCUUCUAUGUAGAAGAAUUAUUUUAUAUUGUAUUCAAUGUUGUUAACUAUUGGUUUGUUUACCAUUAAUUCCCAGGAACUUCUCUCAUACUUCAUUUGAUAGAGAAACCACUUGGAAAGUUCAGAAAUAUAAAUACAGUCCGAUGAUCAAACUAUUCAAAGGUGUAGAACAAAAUUUUAGUAUCACCAAAGAAAAAAAUAAUUAUAGGAUUUAGUAGUUUUUUCAUGGUUUAUUAUGUAUGCAGUUUUUUUUUAGUUUUUUUUUUUAAGUGUUUUAGAAAAGCAAAAUCUCAUUGAAAUUGUCAACCUUCGGUGUCAACUGCAAUAACUAUUGUUUGAUAUGAUUUCAUCAAACAGUGUCUAACCAGGAUUCCAGGUUCCAUUUACAGAAAAUGAAAACUAAAGAAACAUUUUUCUACUUGCAGAAAAGUGUAAUGUGUUAGCUAUUAUCUCAGAUGAAACAAUUGUAUGUGUUCAUAAAACAUAUAACCUAAUGAAGUACUUGUACCAGUUAUCAUAUCAGUCACAUAUCAUUUACCUCAUUAAACAGAAACUCAAUCAAAAAAAAAAGAUUCUUUUCCUUGUUUUGGAAACAAGUCCUGAAACUGAAAGCGUAACAUUUUUGAGAAGAAAUUCGAAAAAUUUAAAAAUGAAAAAAGCACACUUGAAAAUAAUCCCGAUUGUUAAACACAAUCUCUUUUUCUUUUAAUUGUAUGAUAUUAUAUCAGUUCCUAACUUUUAGGCUACUUUGAGAUAAGAGCUGUCGCAAAUACCUGAAAUGGAGUAGUCGUCUUUUUUACACCUAAGACAAUUGUGGGAGCAAAAAUUAGCUUUACUACUUUAUAAAAUACAUUUCUCGUUAUUUUUAUUUUGCUUUGAGCUUAGUUUUUUUUUACUUAUAUACAUUUUUAUUUGUUUGAUUCUUUUUGUAUUGGUUUGUUGGGGCCAGGAGGGGCUUUCAUUAUCAAUUUUGAUGUCUCCAUGUGCAUUAUUUCAUAUUUAUGACUAUUUAGGAUAUAACACAUUAUUCAAAAUUAUAAAAUCUGAGAUCAAGUUAAUACAUGUAUAUAUAUGUAGGACUCUGAACCGCGAUGGUACUCCGAACCACGAUGAUCACGCUGAAGUGCCAUGGUGGCAUUGUGACGCUAUCUUCUUGAUAGCUACGCCGAAGUGCGAUGGUGUUAACGCUGAAGUGCGAUGGUCUAAACAAACUACAUUUUCAAUGCUCUUUAUGUUAAUGUAGAUGUCAAUUUGUAUGUUAGAAGCAGUUUUCCGGGUUUUUAAGUUGAUAAGGGGCUUAUAAACGUUAAAUACUACGAAAAACGGGGAGGAUUGGUUGAUAGGGGAAAGCUAACCUUUUGUAGCGAUUUUUUUUUUCGAUUUUACAAAAGGUUCCUUUUAUGUACGAUGGAGCGUGACAUUCUCUUAAUACAUACGAGUCCGCAGACAGACUCUCCGUUAUAUAUUAUUACGGUAAACGAGGAUCUCAUGAGAGGAACAAAGUAAAGAUAAAAUGUUAAUAUAGAAUUAUGACCACAUGUAGAAAAUCAAAGAGGACGAUUUCUCAUUUAGUAUGCAACUGUAAUUAAGGACAGACAUAGACAAUAAUGAAUGUAGAUUUAUAUACAAACUUUUUAAAAAAUCUACAUGUACUUCUCAUAAAAAUCUGAAGAUUUUAAACUAGCCAUCAUGCGUCAGAUAGACCAUCGCACAUCAGCGAACGGACCAUCGCACUUCGGCGUAGACCAUCGCACUUCAGCGUGACCAUCGCACUUCAGCGUACCCAUCGCACCUCCGAGUCCUACAUAUAUAUCCAUAAAAAUUUAUAAACACAUACAUCAUCAUUUUCGUUUUUAAAAAAAAAUGGGUUUUUUCAGUAUUGAUAAUGUUAACUGUUUUUGUUUUUCUUAUUCAGUAUUGAAAAAUGUUAACUUCGUUUAUUGAUUGUUCGGUGAGGUUUUAUUGCAGGUCAUUUCCUCUAAAAGACUAAAAAUCGUUUUAUGUUUAUGAAAAUUGUACGCUGCCUUCAUAUGUCUGUUUAUACUUCUUAGUACAUUUGAUAUAUACGAUUUUAAUUCUUUUUAUAUUGGAACCAAAAUUAUCGGGAACAUUUUCAAUCUAUAAAAUCUGUUAUUUUUGUUAUGAUUAUUACCAUUAUAAAUUACGAGAAUUUCUAUUGAAAACUAGAUAGAUAAUAAAUCUUGUAAUUACAUUACACUUGAAAAUUAGGAUUGGAAUUCGAAAUAAUCUCUUGUAAAUAAUUUGUAUUUUACUUUUUUUAUAUUUGCUAGUUCGUAAAAACAAUUUUAAUUUGUGGCUUAUUUGCUGUUUAUGUACAUUUUAUGAUCAGCUCAUUUUGUUUUAAAGCAAACAAUGUUUACCUAAUUUUAAAAAUAUAUAUCGUUUCGAUUUGUUAUUAUGUUAUAACCAAAUAAAAAUGUUCUUACGGCAAAAUGUUCAAUACUCUUUAUAUAAGGUGGUAUGAAAAAAAAUCAAAGCGUCACAAAAAUUGUAUUUCUCUAUUUUGAGUAUUCCUGUUAUAAUUCUUUACAAAACAAACUAUAAUUUAGAACCUCAUCAUACUGAAGAAUAUCAUUUUUGUCAAUAAUUCAUUGUAGUCAAUAUUAUAUAUUAAAAAAAUAACGAAUUAUGUUAUAACCAAACGCAUGAUUUUUAAUUUCAAAUCUAAGAAUAUGUAAACAAAAUAUUCCUAAAAAUUUCGGAAACUAUUUCGUUGAUUGAAAUUUGGUGUUAUUUUUGUACAACAAAUUAAAUUUUACAUACAGAAAAAAAAUACACUGAUGUAUAUACAAAAUUAAAUCAAGUUUAAGAUUUUAAUUUUUAAAACUUAAAAUGCAAUAUGUUACAUUUCACCGGCUAGUCAACAAAAAAGCGUUUUCAAUAUGAUUCAUUUCCUUUUCAUAUUCCAAACACACAUGAACAGAAACACAUAGACUCUUACGAUUCAAUUAAAAAACUGUUAAUGAUAUACAGUACAGUCAAAUGCAGUUCCCAGUAAAAGUUUAAAGUUGAUUUUUACAAAUGCCUCUAAAAUAACCUUUUAUUUUUUUUUAUGUUUUUGUUGAGUCUGCGAAGAAAAUCUAGGAACCGAAACAUAGCGAUCUGCAUUUCGUCGUCAAGUGCAUCGUCAAAAUUAAGGUCCAGUCUGUGAUUUUUCAUUCAUCAAAAACUUUGUCAAACAUUUAUGAAUUCUAUUAAACUUGUACUAAAGUGUUUUUAAUGAUCCAUAGACAGUAUCCAGAACAAAAUUUAUUUAGAAAAAAAAUCGUAUUUUACUGAUUAAUGGACUCAUUUUUUGGCAAAAAUUUUUAGAUACAGUUUGGGGUAAAACAAAUUCAUACAUUGAUUAGUUUUCAAACCUUCAUAGAAUAUACGAAACUUUUGAUAGAAUUAUUUUAUGAUUUAGAGAUAAUAUGUAAUCAAAAUAUCAUACUAUUUUUAUUUUUCUGUAUAUACUGAUAGAUAAACAUUUUUGUGGUUAACAUUAACAUACAGCCAGGAAUUAAAUAUUUUAAACAUUAAUAACUUUGUUAACCCACCUUUGAAUUAUUUAAAACAGUUUGAUUUUAAUCUAUUUUUGCGUAUUUUACUGAUAAAUGGUUUUAGUUUUUGGCAGUCAGUAUAACACUUUCAUACUGACAGCAGCAAUAUCUGGCAAGGGAUAGGGUUUCGCAGAACCCUUUAAAAUGUUUUUAACAAUUUUUAAUGUAAGCUUUAAUAUUUCAUCGCUAUGAUUUACUUCAUAUAUUUUGUAUCAUUUUAUGCAUCAAGGUUUUUUGUUUUAAGAAAAGGCGUUGGGACAGAAAAACUCAAAAUUGAAUGUGUAUCUUUUAAAUUUUGCUAUCGCCUAUAUUGGUCAUGUAGAACUCUCUUUUUCUGAAUUAGUAUACUAAUAAAGUUUUGUAAGGAAUUUAUCGAACUGUAAACUCGGCCAACGCUCACAAACUGAAUACAAUCCGAAGUAUGUGUGUUAAGUUUGCGAUUGAAAGACCGAGUUUAUACUUCAAUACACGCCGUAAAAAUAACCAUUAACAUGUUUAAUACUAAAAUUUUAAUGAAAUGCACUAAACAUUAUGUCAAGAUCCAAAAUUUCCUCCACACUUACAGAACUUAUUCAGCUGUGUAGGAAUUCACAUUCGUGACGUGAGACCCUGGUUAUAUAACAUGAAUAAUUCUUUUAAUAGCUUUGCCGCACGUUAAUUAACAAAAUUGACAAGACAUAAAUUUGGAAUUAUAAAACAAAUUGCCUCGUGGCCAACAAACAAUUUAUUUCAGUUGUGUAAGGUAUUCCGAGUUUUAUCCAUGAAGAUUACAGUUGUUCUUGCAUGCGCUCGAUUAUUCCGGUUAGCAACUGUACAUUUUGGUUUCUUCAUUUGACCUUAACAGAACCUCGGGAAACAUUAAUGAUAUUUGAAAGAGUGCAGUUGAUAAUUUACACAUAUUUAUCAAUUAUUGUAAUUUCAAUAUAUUGUUUCCCCUUUUCAGGAUAUAUAUGGACCUAGUCAAUUUACGUACACAAAGUUUUCGGUCAUCCAUAGGUCAAUAUAUUUUGUCUUUUGAAGUCCGUUAUAUUUUUCUAUUUUUUCUAAAUAAAAUUCUAUUCAUUAAAAAAAUGAUUAAGCAUUAAAGACAUUUUUGUUCAUUUUAUAACUUGCAUCAACCUUAGUAAUAAUUCAUAGUUAACUUUGUUAUGUUUGUAUUUUAUUAACUCUAUUGUUGAGUUGUUUUGUCCCAAACCUUUAUUAGUCCUAUUGUUUAAAACAUAUUGCAUAGCUUUUGUUGACUUGGAUACCUAUGUAUUCAGUGAUGCAUUCAUUAUUAGCUUAAACCAAACGUAUUAUACCAAGUUGUAUUAAGGAUGUUCGCUACUCUGUUUCAAAAUAAAAAGCUUUUUUAAAAAACUGUAAAAGUUCCAAUAGUUUAUAAAUAAUAGAAUUAAAAAAGUAAAAAGAAAUGAAGGGCCCGUGUCCUUGUUUUCGAGAUUGAAAAUUGAAUAUUUUGGCGGGAAUUGAUUCUCUCUUGAUUUUUGCAUACAUUUUACAUUGGCAACUUGCUUCUUUCAAAAACUACAUAAAAAUAACAAAGAUUUUAUAAGAUUUUCAAAUAUGACUUUUUAAAAUAUAAGUAAUAAAAUUAAGAAAAGAAACGUAGGGGUAAGCAUACAAAAUUUGUAAUGGCACUACAUGGAUAAAACCAGAGGAUAUAUCAGACAAAGAGUCAAAAACAAGAGGAGAAAACAUCCUUAAUCUUCAGAAAAACGUUAAUGACAAAGGUUAUGGUUUAGGCACCGUUAUAAUGGUUUGCGUUUUGUUCCGUUGAACUCAUGUGGUUUUAUUAAUUUAAGGGGAGUCGAUCCAUUUUCACUCUGUAUUGUCAUUUAAGUGAUUCUGAGAAAUGUUGAAAAUCGAGAUAGGUUCUUUGAAAAAAAAAUCACAAAAAAAACAUAUGUUUCCUUUCUUCAUUUCGAGAAAAAUAAGGUUCAAAAUUGUAAAUGCUUGUUAAAUUGUUGAUUUUUUUUUACUUUUAAGAUUUAUAAAAUUGUAUUUUUAGUUUAUUACUAAAAAUACAAUUUAUUUAACCAAACUUCAUUUUUCUAAAAAAAAAUGGGAUUAGUAGUAGCGAAAAUUAAAAAAUACAUGUUUAACUUAGCAGUAUUUUUUCAUUUCAAAACUUGAGUGGAAUUUCGUAUUUAGGCCAAAAUAAGUUAAAUUUGCCAACCUAUAUAGAGGAGUUGACAAGUUUUUUUAUAUUAUAGCUUUUUGACAUAUUUACAUUAAUCGAUUUUUGAAAUGAAUCUUUAAACAAAUACGCGUAAACAGCAUGCGUAACCGUGUGUGUUUUAGAGAAUACUUUAAUAAUUGUCCUUAAAAAGUAUCUUUCCUCUAUUGUCACCUCAAAUUUGCGGGAAAUUCACUUUCCAGAGUUCAAAAAGUUUAAAGACAUCUCCCGCCAAAUUCUUAAUGCAGAGAGAAAUAAGUAAAGAUGAUUGUUGAAAUAAAUAUUUCGUUUUGUCUGUUUUCUUUAAAAACCACAGAAACAAAACCAAUGAAAACGAGACGUUGAUUAUCGAGUUGAUAAUUGUGUCGACUCCCUUUUUUACAUUUGUACAUUGUUUAAGCAUGCAGAUUUUUAUUUUAUUUUAUGCUUUUUGUAUUAUGCUGUUAUGAAUUUUGCUUCAUGCCAAAUAAAAAAUAUUUUGCUAUCUC